UCGCGAGUCGAGCUUCGCUACAAGCGGAGAUUCUCCUCAGACUGAAGUCAGAAAUGAAAGGUGUCGCUCUCGCAAUGACGCUCGCACUCCUUCCUCUGCUCUGCGUUUACGCUCUUUCUGGACUCUAAAGGCUGAUUCUGAGGAUGUAACGACGAGGAAAAUCACGUUUAUUCUUUACAGAGCGGAUGUGAAACUUUAACGCGUUUAACAUUCUCAUCUUCUUCACGAGAAUCGUCUGCUACGUGAAACUUUCUGUGAUUUUUGUGAGAGGAUUUGUUGUUAAAAUGUUGUUUUUAUAUCCUCUCGUCAUUCUGCUUUCUUCUGUGAGUGUGUGUGUGCUGGUGCUCGGUUCUGAUCCGGUUCUUCUGGACCAGAGGAACAGGUGUCACUCCAGACUCAAACAGCUUCACGGACAGCAGGUGACCGUUCACACACCGCCCAACAUCACCGGACACUGGGUGUCCAACAGCUGCGAGGUGCGACCCGGUCCGGAGUUCCUGACCCGCUCCUACCGCUUCUUCCCCAACGGCAGCUUCCAGGCGCUGCAGUUCUUCUACCGGGACCCUGACUGCAGCGAGCCCAGCUCCAGCCUGCUGAUCCGGGGCAGCGUCCGGCCGCAGCGGGGCUCCUGGCUGGUGCACGGAGGGACGUUCAGCGAGGUGCAUGUGAGCCGCGUCCAGCUGCAGUGCCUGCAGACGACCUGCGACCCGGAUCCGGACCGCAGCAUGCAGGAGCUGACGCUGAUGCGCCUGGAGCUCAGGGCCGAGGAGCUGUUCCUGGGAGACGUCCACACGGAGCGCGCUCAGAGGAGCCUCCACCAGCCCGCGGGUUACCAGAGCCCCCUGCGGAGCGCCAAGGCCGAGUGCCGCGGAGUCUGUCAGAUCGUGUCUUCGGCGGAUCUUCAUCAUCCUCCGGUGCUGCCGGCUCGGCCCGAGCGUCCGGUGCGUCUGCAGGGAAGCUGGGUCAGCACACGGUGCGAGGUGCGUCCGGGCGUCCUCUUCCUCACCCGACAGCUGACCUUCCACGAGGACAGCCAGACCUGGACCGGACAGUACGACCACUUCUCUGACCCCGUCUGCCGUCACCCCACCUUCAGCAUCUCGGCCAGCGGACGCUACAGCCGCGGAGCUCCAUCUGCAGCCAUCGGGGGCGCCGUCGAGUUCACCUUCACCGUGACGCACAUGAUGGUGACGCCCAUGGAUGUGGCCACCACGUUUCUGCUGAGCGCCUUCCGAGGGCGCGAGUGUGGCGCCGAGGGCUCGUGGAAGCUAGGCGUUCCUCAGGACGUGACGUCCACCUCGGGCUGCGCUGCGCUGGGGGUCCGGCUGCCUCACAUGGAGUACGAGCUCUUCCGCGCCGGCCAGGACCCGUCUGGACACAGCCUGCUCUACAACGGCCAGAGACCCAGCGACGGCUCGAGUCCGGACCGGCCCGAGCGCCGGCCCACCAGCUUCCAGCCGCCGCUGAUCCGCUGCGAGAGACACGAGCGAGACCAGCCCUUCAGACUGAGUGCCGGCGCCGGACCGAACGCGCUGGACACACUCCCCGCCGCCGCCGCGCUCGUCCUGCUGCACACGCUCAUGUAGACCCGCAGUUUAUCCCAAUCAGAGGGAAACGAUAGUUGAAUAACAAGGCAGUAGAAGCACCGAACUCUGGCUGUGAGGCUAAAAUUUCCUGUAAACCUAUCCCUCAGUUCUGAUUGGUUGAUGGGAAUGUUGAUCCAGGAACAUUUGUACUUGGAUAAGUUUACAGGAAAUGUCAAUUUUAGCCUCACAGCCAGAGUUCGGUGCUUCUACUGCCUUGUUAUUCAACUAUCGUUUCCCUCUGAUUGGGAUCAACUACAAGGAGGGGUAGGGAUAGGUCUAUGUUUUGGGACAAUAAUGUUGAUCCAGGAUCGUUUGCACUAGUUCAUGAACAGUGUUAAGGAAAGUUACUUUUAAAAGUAAUGCAUUACAAUUAGAGAUUGUAACGGUAUGAACAUUUCUUAUCACGAUUAUAGUGACGUAAAUUAUCACGGUAUUGUUCAAAUGUGCUGGAAAUGUUCAAAAAGUACCGACACAUAAAUCACUUCAAGUUUUGUUUUUAAAAUCAACAAACAAUAAAUAAAAAGACUUUUUGCAGCAUAAACACUAAAACAUUACCAAUGAUGUCCGGAUUUUAAAUGACAACAUGACUGACAGCAGUUUAUCUAAUAACGUACGAAAUGUUCAAAUAAAGCUUUGGUAAAUGGUAAACCUCACAUUUCAGCCUUUAAAUAAAGAAGAGAGUUAAUUUAUGUAUUUUAUCUGCUCCAUAAAUAAUUCUAGAAUGCUUAUCCGAAUUGUUUAAAUGUGUAGAAUCCACAUGAGCUUGUUUUUCAUCAACCGGUCAAAACAUCAGAUCUUUUCUGAAGUCAGUCAGAACCUGCAGAGGUGCAUUCAUAUAAUUAAUUCAUUCCUAUAUUCAUUUCAAUAACUCCCUUCACCGUGUCGAAGCGAAGCUACUCUGCUGUGCGCCCCUGAGACUGUUACUCACGACUCUGCUUUAUGCUGGAUAGCACUUAUUUAUCAUCAGUUGUUCAAAUCGCGCUAAUCAAAUACGCUUUUUAAUACCUAAAAAAGUAACUACUUGCAUUACUUAUUACGUUACUUUUUAUGGAAAGUAAUGCGUUAUGUAACUUUUGCGUUACUUUUUAAAUCUGGGCAGGGCUUGUUUGUUUUUGAUAUAAACCCCCGGUUUCACAGACGAGGCUUAAUCUAGUCCCAGACUAAAAUGCAUGUUUGAGCCGUCUCAACUAAAACAUCUUGCUCUGACCGGUCUUAAAACACGCCGGUCACAUUGUUCCGUCUCGAGAUGCACACCUGUAACAGUUUCUUCUGAGGCAUUUUUAUAAAAGCUGCUUAAAUGUCUUAAUUUAACUAAGACCUAGUCCUGCUUAAACUAAGCCCCGUCUGUAAAACCGGGCCAGAAAGUUAUAUUUUUGGCAAACAUAAAAGAUGAAAAAAAUGAAAAUUAAGCACAUAUGUUAUCUAAAGUAAUUUUUGCUUAUUAGUAUUAAUAAUUGGAUCAUUGAGGGUCAGCAGCAAAGACACUGGUUAAUAAAAUGGGAUUAAAUACAUAGUAUACUUGUAUUAUUUAACAUUUAAUUAUUGCAGGUUCGAGUCAUAUUCUGAGUUUGCUUUUCACUGUUUUUAUUUAUUUUGAGGUUAUAUCGAAUCUGUUUUUUCUGUUCACAUUUAUUCUAGAACUACAGUAAGAUCAUGUUCUUACUCCUGAUUUCUCUCAACAUGGCAACCCCAGAGCUGUCACUCAAUACAUGAGAAACACAGGAACUGACGUCACUUAUUUGAAAAAGUAACGUGGAUAUUUUCUUGUAAAAGUUGAAAAGUAAUCUGAUUACAUGACUCACAUUACUUGUAAUGCAUUACCCCCAACACUGUUCAUGAAGCUGCUCGUACCAUUUAGGAACAAAAAAGUGAGCAUCCAACUUCUGUUGUUAAUGAAGCUCGUGACACGUGCAUGCGCUCUAAUGUAGUUCCUGUUCAUCCUGUACAGCGUCACACUCACUGGAGCUCAUCAUACAUUAUUUAACAGCAAUUACAGUUCAAAUAAUGCCAUGCUAUCUCUAGUUUCAGACGCUCUAGAGCUGCUGAUUUCAUGCAGAAUUGCUGUAAAUAUCCCAGGAUUGUAUUUUAGAGGACCUGAUUGAAACCUCGUCUCGUGAUGCCCAAUGAAUGAAAACAUCAACUUUGGAACUAAAACCAAAAUAUAUAUAAACAUUUUCAUUACUUGAAAUGAAAUAAAUGUUAACAAAAAAAAAAAAAACUAUUUUUGCAACAUUUAUCAUUUUCAUAGUUUGAAAACUAUAUAGAGAUUACAAAAAUAUAAAUAAUAUUAAAGUUACAAUUAAUUUAUUUAAUUUAAUUUAAAAUUUAGCACAGAAUAUAUAUAAAAACCUAAUUCACAAUGGUAAUGAAA